ACAAUAUGGCAGCCCGCAUGUAACACGCGGCAAUAGUUGUGAAAUAGUUGAGAAAUAACAUAGAACAAUCCAAAAUUCUCCGUAUAAUUAACAGAUCUACUUAUCUGAUAAGAAGCAAGACUUUCUGCUUAAAUAUGGGUAGAUCAAAGCAUCGAAACAGAAAACGUAAUGCUAAUAGUGAUAACAACAGUGCUGAACGUCAACAGAAGAAAGCUCAGUGGCAAGAAAAACGACAAGGGCAGGGACAAAAACAUUAUGAAGAUCUGCGAAGGGAGAAUAAAAUAUUUGACAAAUAUUAUCAGGGACAAGGAUUCGUGCCAGAUGGUGAAUGGGAGGAUUUUCACAAAACUCUGACUAAUGCUCUACCAGUGACAUUUCGAAUAAAUGGCAACAGAAGCCAAGCCAAAGAAAUGUUAGAAAUUAUUCAAGGUCAAUAUUUACAGAAAAUGACUGAAGUGAAGGUGGAUGGGGAAGUUGUCCAACCACCAAAACGUAUAGACUGGUACCCGGAUCAGUUAGCAUGGCAUAUGGAUGUGUCUAGAAAGGCCAUGAGAAGCACUGUCAUGUAUUCAAAGUUUCACCAGUUCCUCGUUGCAGAAACUGAGAGUGGUAAUAUUAGUCGUCAAGAAGCAGUCAGCAUGAUUCCUCCGCUCUUGCUAGACAUUAAACCUCACCAUAAGGUUUUAGACAUGUGUGCUGCACCAGGUUCCAAAACGGCUCAAUUGAUAGAACUACUCCAUGCUGAUGAAAAACAAAGAGUGCCAGAUGGUUUUGUCAUUGCCAAUGAUGCAGAUAAUAAAAGGUGUUAUUUGAUGGUUCACCAGGUCAAAAGAUUAUUAAGCCCUUGCUGUAUGAUAGUUAAUCAUGAUGCAUCUAUCUUUCCUAAAUUCAGAUCAAACAGUGAUGGGGAAGGGCAGAAAAUGGAAUUUUAUCAAUUUGAUAGAAUCUUGGCCGAUGUUCCAUGCAGUGGAGAUGGAACUUUACGAAAGAAUCCGGAUUUAUGGAAGAAAUGGAAUCCUACUCAUGCCUACAGUCUUCAUGGAUUACAGAUGAAAAUUUUGAAAAGAGGUUUAGAAUUACUGGCUGUUGGCGGAAGAUUAGUCUAUUCUACUUGUUCAUUUCACCCAGCAGAAGAUGAAGCUGUAGUGGCUCACAUGCUCAAGAAAUGUCAAGGCUCUGUAGAACUUAUUGAUGCUAAAAGCGAGAUCCCAGAACUCAAAACAGUGCCUGGGAUUAAAACAUGGAGAAUAAUGAGCAAAGAAGGCACCUGGUAUGAAAAAUAUGAAGAUCUACCAAGUAAUUUAACAAAUCAGAUUAGAGAUACAAUGUUUCCUCCUACACCUGAAGAAGAAGCAACAAUGAACUUGGAAAGAUGUAUCAGAGUUUUACCACAUCAUCAAAACACUGGUGGUUUCUUUAUUGCUGUUUUUCAGAAAACAACAAACUUACCUUGGUUAAAGCCCACUACAGAUGAAACUUCUGAAGUAGAUAUUGAAGAAGUUGCUAAAAUGGUACAAAAGGAAGCAGACAAAACAGAAACAGACAGCCAAAUAUCUGUAGACAGUACAGCUCUAACUUCAGGAGAUGAUAAAAAGAGAAAACCAGAAAGUCCAAAGCAGUCUAAACCUUCCAAAAAACCCAGAUUACAAGGUUACAAAGAAGAUCCAUUCUUGUUCAUGUCUGCAGAUGAUCCAAUGUGGCCAUCCACAAAGAAAUUUUAUAAACUACCAGAUGAUUUUCCGUGUAAUCAGGCAAUGUAUAGAUCAGAAGAAGGCUCCAAGCGAUCAUUGUACUUUGUUUCAGCUGGAAUUAAAAAUAUUGUUGAAUGUAAUCGCGAAAGACUUAGGUUUAUUAAUAUGGGUGUUAAACUCUUUAGUAGAAGUCCAUCUCCUCUUGUACCCGAUUGUGACUUCCGCGUAGCACAGGAAUGUUUAACUUCCCUACACAUGAAAUUUACUGGGCGGCACAUUGAUAUAGCAAAAGAAGAUGCCUGUAUAAUACUGACUGAAGAAAACCCCUUUAUUUCCUCAUUAUCAGAUAAAUCAGCUAAACAAUUAAAUGAUAUAUGCCCUGGAAGUGUUGUAUUUUACUAUAAACCAGAAGAUAGUAAUGCUAAACCACAGUGUGAAGUAGUGUUCUGUGGAUGGCGUGGUAAAGUAUCAGUGAGAUCAUUUAUUGGGGAUCAUGAUCGACAACAUAAUCUCAUGUUGUUUGGUAUGAGUUUGGAGGAGAUCAAAGCAAAAGCAGCUACACUAAAAGCUGAAAGAAAAGCAUUGGCUGCUAAAAGUGUUGUCGAUCCAUUAAGUAUUCCAAUGGACAGUGAUAAAGAAGAAAAACAGGAGUUGCAAUCUAAUGAAAAAUUAGGUAAUAAAAAUGAACAAUCUACUGAUAAUAAAGAAGAAUUGACUCAUAUUGAUAAAGGAAGUAAAGAACAAUCAGACGCAACAGAUAAAUGAUUUAAGAUACCAUGGAUAGAAACAUUUAUUUGAAUUUAAAAAGCACUAGUCAAUGUAAAAUAAAUUUGGAAUCUUCAGUGACAUUUUUUGGUACAAGUACAUGUACCAUUUAAUGUAUAGAAAUUUGAACAGGUAUAUGUACCUACAUAUAUAUGUACUGUAUUUAAUAAGCGAUCCAUGCAUUUUUAAAACAUUUUUUUAUAAGAAUCACAAAUCGUAUGUGCAACUCAAAUAUACAUGUACCUGGUGCUUAAAAUGGAGCUUCUAUGAACUCUGUUUUCAAUGAAAUUUAUAGUGCAAACAAUUUUUAUGUCCAGUCAGUGUUUCUGUUCAUGAGAAACUUAGAAUUUUUAAUAUUGUUUAUGUAUAAAGAUAUACAACCUACCCUAUAUUUAUCUUUCAAUGAAAAAAACACUACAACUAGAACUUGUUUUUAUGCACCCACAUAUGCCAUGCAUAUUCCUUGAAAGUACAGUUCAGAGACUUUAAAUAAAUAUCCAGACUAAGACUAAUAGUUAACUUCCCCUAAUCCUGUUGCCCACAUAUUGCUGUGUUGAUUUAAGUUAAUGUCUUGCAUAAUUUGCCAAUACACAAGAACCUACAGACCUUGGUAUUUUAGGGGGUCUGUCAUUGAGUCAAGUGUGUGGUUUUAAUUCCCCACUGGUACGCGACAACCUGUCCGACUUUGUCUUUCUGCAGGUCCUCUGGUUUUCUCUCACUGCUAAAGACCCCUAUGCUUCAAUGGAUUCCCAGAAAAGUAUUUAUCGGGUGGUUAUUUCCCAUAAAAGUAUGGCAAUUUUGGUAUACAUGGAAAGUAGAGAUAUCUAAUCUUACUAGAAAAAUGCUGGAUUCCCCGAAAAAACACUCAUGGAGCGUAUAAAGGACAAAAAUGUAAGGGUUCCCCUAAGCCUGACGAUUAGGAAUUUCUGCAUGCGUGAUGUCAAAGGUCACAUGCGAACAUUGAGCGCUUGAUGUACAAGUUGAUAAACUUUAUGAAGAGUUAGACGUAUAAAAAUGACGGAAAAAGACACGGGUAGUGGAUAAUCUGAGAAUUAAAUUAGGAUUUGAUAUUUGUAAUAAAUAGUAAGCGAUUAAAGACUACAUCGAUUAAAGACAACAUCGUCUUAUGUAUGCAAUGAAUUCUCUUCGGACUUCCAAGAGAGGUAAGUCACCUGACGUAAACAUGACCCUGUUUGAUCGAAUUUUUAUAGCACUAGCAGGGCAUUACUUUGCAAUUACAAUGUUUGAGAAGGAUUUGAAGCAAAAUUAUGACAAAUUAAUUAGUUUGAAUAUGUUUUUAGUCCAUAUAUACCAUUAAAUCACCCAGGUUGUACACGCAAAUGUAUCAAA